GUUGACUCUGGUGGUUGUGCACUAUGGUUGACUUGUAAUAGAACUCGAUUUGUAGAUUCAAUUCGUUUGUUAUUUAUUAUAUGAGACUAUUUCUUCUUCUGUGAGAUAUAAAACUGUUGCUGUCAAUUGUAUUUAAAUAUUGAUUUAUUUGGGUUACAGGUUUACUUUUGACCUAUUUCACAUACAAGGUAGUAGGAUUUAAUAAUCUCACUUGGCAUCUUCGGAAUUUUUCUUGGGAAGCCAUGUUUCGCGACCGCAGCAGGAACAGGGAUCGAGGACGGCGGGGUGGCGGUGGAGGCUUCGGUGACGACCGGGGCGGCGGCCUGGGUAUGGGCGGCGGACUGAAGGGCAAGCAGCCUGGCGAGAGGCUGCGCCGGCCGCGCUGGGACAUGAGCACCCUGCAGCCCUUCCGCAAGGACUUCUACGUACCGCACCCCAACGUGCUUCACAGGCCUAUGGAGGAAGUCAUUCGGUACCGAGCCAGCAAGGAAAUAACUGUGAGUGGACGUGACGUGCCUAACCCGAAUCUCAGCUUUGAGGAAGGGAACUUCCCGGACUACGUGAUGAAUGAGAUCAGGAGGCAAGGCUUCGUUGAGCCCACAGCUAUUCAAGCGCAGGGCUGGCCAAUUGCACUGAGUGGUCGUGACAUGGUUGGAAUAGCCCAGACAGGGUCUGGAAAGACGCUUGCUUACAUCCUGCCAGCGAUCGUCCACAUAAACCACCAGCCGCGCCUGACUCGGGGCGACGGUCCAGUCGCCCUGGUGCUCGCACCGACCCGGGAGUUGGCCCAGCAGAUACAGCAGGUCGCCAAUGACUUUGGGGAGGAGACACAAGUGCGAAACACUUGCGUUUUUGGUGGUGCACCCAAGGGCCCGCAGGCUAGGGACCUGGAGAGGGGAGUGGAGAUCUGCAUCGCCACGCCGGGCCGCCUGAUAGACUUCCUGGAGCGGAGCACCACCAACCUGCGUCGCUGCACCUACCUGGUGCUGGACGAGGCCGACCGCAUGCUGGACAUGGGCUUCGAGCCCCAGAUACGCAAGAUCAUAGAGCAGAUCAGGCCGGACAGACAGGUGUUAAUGUGGUCGGCGACGUGGCCGAAGGAAGUACGCAACCUGGCGGAGGAGUUCCUCACCGACUACAUCCAGAUCAACAUUGGCUCGCUGCAGCUGGCGGCCAACCACAACAUUCUGCAGAUAGUUGACGUGUGCCAGGAGUAUGAGAAAGAGAGCAAGCUAAUGCAGUUGCUGUCCGAAAUUGCUUCGGAGAAGGAGAACAAAACCAUAAUUUUUGUUGAAACCAAAAGAAAGGUGGAUCAGAUAACAAGAAGCAUUGGAAGAUAUGGAUGGCCAGCGAAAAGCAUACAUGGUGACAAAUCUCAACAGGAACGUGAUUUUGUUUUAGCAGAGUUCCGGAAUGGGAAAGCAGCCAUUCUGGUAGCAACCGACGUUGCUGCGCGGGGGCUGGAUGUUGAAGAUGUUAAGUUUGUGAUCAACUUUGACUACCCAUCCUCAUCCGAAGACUACGUUCAUCGUAUUGGUCGUACUGGUCGCUCUCAAAAAACUGGCACUGCUUAUGCCUUCUUCACACCCAGCAAUGCCAAGCAGGCAAACGACCUUAUCUCAGUUUUGCAAGAAGCCAAUCAGGUUGUGAACCCUAAGUUACACGAGAUGGCCGACAUGGCUCGCUCGGGAGGCUUUGGCCGCAGUCGAAAUCGAUGGAGCAGACCAAGUAAUGACCGAGGCGGCCGUGCAGGAGACAGAGACAGGGAGACACCUCGUGGUGGAGACAGGGACAGCAGGGGAGCCACUGGGGAUAAAGGUCUUUCCAGAGGUGGCAGAAAUGAUAGAGACAGAAAUGAUCGCAGCGGGGAGCGUGAUCGUGGACGUGAGCGAGAACGCAGCACCCGUAGACCAUCACGUUUUUCAGAUGCUGGACCCCAACAGAAUGAUGAGAGUGAUUCAGGGGGCUUACCUCCUCCACUGUUAAACCAACCACCCAUGUUGCCGCAGACAGCUCUCUUGGGCAGCGGGCCUGCAACCCAGAAUUCCCUGUUGGGUAAUGCCCCCGGAGCCCAGAAUUCAUUGUUGGGCGGUGCCGCUACUGGAUACCAGAUGAACCAGCCACCACCCUUGCUUGGCAACAAGGUGCAAAACCCUAAUGAGCCAAUAGACAACAGAGGCCCCUCUGGUGGCUUGAUGGAUGUGGAUAACAGGCGGUCUGGUGGCUUGAUGGACAUGAGAGGUCCUCCUGGUGGCCUAUUAGAUAGUGGAAAUCCAGCAGUUGAUAAAGGUGGGCUAAUGGAUGCAAGAGGAAAUAUGGGAAACAGGGGUGGUGGCAUGGACAACAGGAGAGGUGGAAUGUUGGACAAUAGAGGACCUGGAGGAAUGAUAGACAACAGAGGCUUUGGCAUGGACAAUAGAGGACCAGGUGGUAUGAUGGACCACAGAGGACCUGGUGGUAUGAUGGACAACAGAGGACCUGGUGGUAUGAUGGACAACAGAGGACCUGGUGGUAUGAUGGACAACAGAGGGUCUGGUGGUAUGAUGGACAACAGAGGACCUGGUGGUAUGAUGGACAACAGAGGACCUGGUGGUAUGAUGGACAACAGAGGACCUGGUGGUAUGAUGGAAAACAGAGGAGCUGGAGGUUUGUUGAACAGAGGACCUGGUGGUAUGAUGGACAACAGAGGACCUGGAGGUAUGAUGGACAGCAGAGGAACUGGAGGUAUGAUGGACAACAGAGGACCUGGAGGUAUGAUGGACAACAGAGGACCUGGAGGUUUGUUGGACAACAGAGGAGCUGGUGGUAUGAUGGACAACAGAGGACCUGGUGGGAUGAUGGACAACAGAGGACCUGGAGGUUUGUUGGAUCACAGAGGUGGUGGAGGUUUGUUGGACAACAGAGGACCUGGAGGUUUGUUGGACAACAGAGGACCUGGUGGUUUGUUGGACAACAGAGGACCUGGUGGUUUGUUGGACAACAGAGGACCUGGUGGUAUAAUGGAUAACAGAGGACCUGGAGGUUUGUUGAACAACAGAGGACCUGGUGGUAUGAUGGACAACAGAGGACCUGGAGGCAUGUUGGACAACAGAGGACCUGGUGGUAUGAUGGACAACAGAGGACCUGGAGGUAUGAUGGGGAACAGGGGUCAAGGUGGUUUGAUGGAUAACAGAGGUCAAGGUGGUUUGAUGGAUAACAGAGGUCAAGGUGGUUUGAUGGAUAACAGAGGUCAAGGUGGAAUGAUAGAUAACAGAGGUCAAGGUGGAAUGAUGGAUAUGAGAGGUCAGGGUGGCUUGAUGGAUGGAAGAGGCCAGGGUGGUAUGAUGGAUGGUAGGGGUCAGAGUGGCAUGAUGGAUGGAAGAGGCCAGGGUGGAAUGAUGGAUGGAAGAGGCCAGGGUGGUAUGAUGGAUGGUAGGGGCCAGAGUGGCAUGAUGGGAAACAGAGGUCAAGGUGGUAUUUUGGAUAGAAGAUCAGGAGGCAUGAUGGAUAGAGAUGGAAGAGGGUCAUCUGGAAGGAUUAUGGAUAGAGAUGGAAGGGCACCUUCUGGUGGUCUUAUGGGUAAUGCACCACCCAAUUAUGGACAAGGUAGUAGAGAAGGUCCUACUCCUCUGCUUGGCAGCAAACUCGCACCGCCUCCAUUCUUCCAAGGUGGAGGUAAUCCAAACGUUAGCAGUAACCCAGAUCUAGCCAACAGUGCGGCUCUUGGUGGCUUCACUUCACUGAGUCAACUCCAGCAAGUCAUGAAUGGUUUUCCCUUCGGCCAGCCACCCCCACCACCUCCAAGCAACUGAGACUGAGAAUCAUGUGCUGUCAUGCACCUCUUGAAGAUGGGUUGAAAAUGUAUUGUGGGUGUUAUGUCCUCCGCUAAAAUAAAUAGAUAAUUUUUUAUAAUGUUGUUUUUAGGGAACAUGCAAGCACCUUCUCUUAUGGUUGUUUUCAAUUUAGCAAAUUAAUUGGCUUUAAGAUGAAUUGUAAGCCAUAAAGCAGGAGUAACAUUCCAUCCAUAAUGUUUUCAUUGUGUACAAAGUAGUGUUUCUGUACUCUCUAAAGAUUUGUACUAUCAUUUUAACUAAGUUACUUUUUGGUUUUGCUUAAGAAGUUAAAUGCAUCAGUUAUAUCUUGAAGACAGUGGGGAAAAUUGAUAGUGUAACAUUGUAUUUCAUAAUUAUUUGGCCAUCAUUUGUUUGUGUAAAAUUUCAUAGCUAAAUGUGUAAUAAAUUUAGUGAUACUCUUGUUCAGAUAGUUACGCUGUAGAAAGAUAAAUCACUGUAUUGAUAUUAUGAAUUUUUAUUCGUCACUAGUACUAUUGUUACAAUUGUAGCAUAAGUGACAUGUGCAAAGUGUUGGACAUUAACCCUACAAUAAUUAUGAAAUUGAAAUAAAAUUAUUCUUAAAAUUUCAUUACAAAAUGUUAUUUAAAGUUUGAUGUCAGUCUGUGGAUGUUUGAUCAAUAAACGGUGAAGAUUAUAUUUCAUAA